AUGUCGACUCAUAAUCUUCGAUAUACCGAUGAAAAUUCCAAUUCCAUAAAUAGACGUAGACGACGACAGUCUACUUUAUAUUCGUCUAAUCCGGUUACCGAUUCUUUACCAGUUGAUUGUAUUCUUGUUUGUAGUCAUAAUGAUGAUAAAAAAAAUGAUAAUGAACAAAAUAAUAAUCGUAAUAAGAUGAGUCGAUCUGAACGAAGACAAAGAUUUGAAAAUCAUCUCACGAAUAAACAAGGUCUUAAGCUUGAACGUGUAAAAUCAAUUACAGAUCGAAUUGAAUAUGUUAAAGUUCAUACACCAUUUGAAAUUCUUUUAUUAACUGCUGAAAAAAUACGAAUGAAAUUACCAAUUGAAAAAAUAGUUGCAAAAGAACUCGGUACUUCAACACAUAAUGCAUCAUGUUGGCAUCGUUUUACUGAAUGGUUGAAAAAGCCAUUUCGACUUGAUCCAUCAUUGGCACGCGAUGAUAUUGAUUAUUAUACAGCAGUAUAUUCACCAAAUAUCAAAAAAUUUACACCUUUUUUUAAUGAAUUACGAGGUUCAAAAGAAUUAUAUUUUACACCAAGUGAACGAAGUUUAUUAACAUAUGAAUUAUUAUCAAGAGCUCAUUUUGAUGGUGAUGGUGAUGGUAAUGAUUAUGAUGAUGAUGAUGAUGAUGAUAAUCCACAAGAACCAGUAGCCAGGCGACCAGUUAUCAACACAGUCGAUGGAUUGCGGAGUGGUUUAAAGAGACCUGGAAUUGCUCGAUUGAUAACUAAAAAAGCAUAUGAUUGUUGUUUUCCUUUACAUGAGCCUUUGCGAGACAAUCUAACCAAUAUUGAUAAUACUGAUUUAAAUGAUCGAGAAAAAUUACAAAAACAUUGGGCAACAAUGCGUCAAUGUUUAAAAUUUCAACCAUUAUCUUUAAUUCGUUCUUAUAUGGGAGAAAAAAUAGCAUUUUAUUUUGCACUUUGUGGUUUUUAUAAUUUAAUGCUUAUUCCACCUUCACUAGUUGGUCUAAUUAUAUUUAUUUAUGGUGCAGCUAGUGUUGCUACUGAUCAACCAACAUCUGAUAUUUGUGGAAGUUAUGGAGAAAGCACGUAUAUGUGUCCAAGAUGUGAUAAAACAUGUCCAUUUUGGAAACUAAGUGAUAGUUGUGUUUAUUCAAAAGUUUCAUAUGUAUUUGAUAACACAGCAACGGUUGUUUUUGCUGUAUUGAUGUCUUUAUGGGCAAGAUGGUUUAUUGAAUUUUGGAAACGUCGCGAAGCAACUUUACAAUACCAUUGGGAUUCGAUUGAUUUUGAAGAAAAUCUUGAACCUAUUCGACCAGAAUUUGAACGAGAAGCACAGAAAAAAGGUGAAAAAAAUAUCAAUCCUAUUACAAAUGUAUUAUUUUUUCUAUGUAAUUUAAUUAAUUAA